GCUAACAAGACUUAGAACACCAGGAUAUAGUGAAAAAUAGAGCAGAGACCUUUUUUAAAGGUUCGAGUCUUCUCUAAGGAAGUUUCUUGAAAAAGACUUUGGGACCUCCUACACACAGAGAAUUGUGAUUAUUUUUUUAGUUUUCAAGUUCGUCGACUCUGUGCUUUUCCACUGUACUAUUCCGAUACGCCAUCAAACAAAUAACGCAAAGAAUUAUUUGCCAUCUUCAGAACUUAAAUCCAUUGGAUGAAGUUUAGGAUGUCAGAAAAUUUCAGUAACAAUUGCUGCAAUGUAUCUACCGUGGAAGAUUUUUCCUUGGUCCCUUCAACCUGGCCUUUGGGAGUGGUAGUUUUAACAAGCAUUCUCAUGAUUGUAGUGAACGUUGUAACUCUGGUUGGUAACUCUUUUAUUAUCGUGGCAAUGGCGAACAUCAAUUCACUGAAAAGUAUGGCGAACAAUCAAGCCGUCAUUUCGUUAGCGGUCGCUGAUCUUUUGGUGGGUUUACUAGUUAUGCCCUGUGCAAUCGACGGUUUGUUAUCAGGAAAAUGGCGAUGUGGAGCAUUAUGGGGAAAACUAAACGCGUUUGGUAACUUUUCUUUCUGUAUUUCUUCUAUUAUGCACCUAACAUUACUGUCGUUCGACCGAUAUAUUGCAGUUACUCGUCCCUUAGCUUACCGUUCGAUAUUUACCAAAACAAGAGCUCAAUAUGGUUGUCUUUUAUUGUGGAUAUAUUCAACUCUAUGGGCCCUGCCGCCACUUUUCGGUGUAAGUUCUUACGAAUGUUUUAUUCCUUACAUCGGAAAAUGUCUUGAGAAAGAUUGGCUCCAGAGCAAAGUUGCGGUCGUUUUCACCGUUGCAGUCGUUUGUGGAACAUACGGGGCUGCCGUUUUAGUCAUGUGCUUUGUUUACCUGAAGAUUUUUUUGACAAUUUUCAAACAGUCGAAGAAAAUUUCCGUGACAAUGGAACAGGUGCGAAGUAACUUUGAUUUAACAACAAGAACACGGGCCUCAACUAGGAAGGGAGCCUUAACAGUGCUUAUUGUUAUUGGAAUCUAUAUGGUUUGUUGGUCACCUUUUUGUGUUCUUCUGUUUGUGCAAAUGGCCCGUGGAAAAUCCACAGGAGGACCAACAGCAGAUCUAAUAACAAUGUUUAUCGGCUUUGCAAACAGCGCUUGUAAUCCAAUCAUAUAUAGCAUUCGAUAUAGAGCGUUUCGCCAAACUGUAAAGCGUAUAUUUUUAAGGAAUUAUGACUGUUUACAGUAUUUCUUCAGCGGACCUGAGCCAAUGAAUAACAGCACGCAGGCAAUAACGACCAAUAAGAUUUAAAUCACUGUUCAGUGUAAAUAUUUUUAUAGGAAUUAGUCAGUCACUUGGUAUUGAGAGUCAGCUGUACGCUUCCUUUUCAGUAGUAUCUUUGAUUACUCUUAAGAUUAUUGUUGCGGAUCUGAAGAAUUCACUGACUGAGUUAGGGACACGCAAUCAAUCGCAAGUCUACUUUCAGCCAAGGUAGAUCAAAAAAAUGAUUUUAAGAUGGAGUUUCGUGAUUUUCUCGAUGACAUGUUACGGCAUGUCGUGGAUGGAAAUCCAGUAAAAAGUAAGCAACCCAUCAAUAAGACCACCGAAAACUACGGAUUAACACAAUCAUUACACAGGAAAAAGACUGGAAUUUAAACAAUAAUUUAAAAUGAAUUAUCAGUCAGAGCCCAAAUAAGUUUUUUGUAUUGAUGUAAUCAAAGUCUAGAAAGGGGUGGCUGUACAUGGGUCGACAUGAACGCGUUUA